AUGAAUGAUCAUCAGCCCCGUCACUCCAACGAUCAUCCAAGACUUCUCCAUCAGUCGCGGCGCCAUCGUGGAUCACUGCAACUGCAGCGCAUUGCAUGCGCUAGCACCGUUGGCGAAGGUGAUGAGGCGGGAGAUAAGAGAACUGUGUCCAUGGACGACUAA